UUACGUUACACGGACGGACGUGUUAAAUGCUUGUAUACAAACAUAUCAAUUUUUACAUCGCGCUAACUUUGAACAUCAAUCGCUCUUCUAUUUAAAUUUGUCGUGCUGAAAAAUUAAGCAAUCGAAAUUUGGAACAACGAUGUCGGUAUGAAUUCCAAGAAAGAAUAUACUGAAAUUAAAAGCUGCAGUAGCUGCUCGAUGUCGAAUAUUGAAACGAAGUCAACACGAGCCCUGCCAUACUGCAUACGACGUCCUUUUUUCAAUACUGUUAUCCAAGAUUUUAUAUAAUCUUUCUUUUUUUUACAUAUCCAUGUUUUGAAGAACUCGUUGAUUUUCACAUUUUUAUUGUAGCACAUAUAUUUUUCCUCGUAAAUCAUAAAAACUUUUUUAUCUCAAUACCGAUAUCGACACUGAAAAAAAGACGAUGAAGAGCCCGUAAAUGCAUCAAAAAAUCGCUAACAAGACCGAAUCGGAACUUCGGCAGAAGGAAAAAGAAGAAAUUAACGAAAUGCGAAAACUGGAAGAAAUGGAAUACAAAAAAUUGGAGAGAAUGGAAAGUUUUUGCGAUAAAACAUGGAGAUUUUCGACGUCGAACAAUCUUCUUACUCUCUUUAACAAAUAUUUGAAAAUACCGAGAUACGCUUACCGUAAAGAGCUCGCAUUUGACAUUGACCCGAACAUGUUGAAAUUGAAGAGCGAGAGAGACCAACUGAGAACGGAGUUGGCUGAAAAAAGUUCCAGGGCUCAGGACCUCGAGGGGAAUUUAUCUGAUUUGAAAAUUCAGUUACAAAACUUGGAAUCGUAUCGUUAUGAUAACCCAGAAAUAAUUCGUUUGAAAAAGAACAUUGAAGACUAUCAACAAAAAAUUGAAUGCCUAAAUUCAAAAAUAUCAAAAUUAGAAAUGGGAGCUCCGGUCAAAGAAGAAAAUGGUGAACUCGUCGUCGAUGAAUUCGAGAAUAAAAAAUUUGAAUUCAUAAGAGCGUCCGAACUGAUUGAAAAAUCAGAAACAAUUCAAAGCCCAAAAAAAUGCAAGUUCAAAGUGAAAAAAGAAAGCGGCGUGUCACGGAAAUUAUCGAGUUUACGAGGAACGAAUCGCGGUCAAUAAUCAAAAAAUAUUUUUAUCGACCAAGAAUCGUGUUAGGAAUAAAAGGUGAUAUUCGAAAUUAAAAAAAAAAACAGUGCCGACAUUAAUUCAUUUUUAAUACAUUUGUAUAUUUAGAAAUAUUUAUACAGUAAUAUUCAUCUUUUUUGUUUCAUCCUUCUCGCCGUUGUUUUUUCUUUUCUUUUCAUUUUCCAAAACAUACACUGAGUUACAUGUUAAUAUUACGUAUUAAAUAAUACACACAAUUUUUUCGCCCGACAGGCUCACUCUCAACAUCGUUGAAGAAAAAAAUCGUUUGCGACUACCACAGAGUAUCGGUUCGGAAAUUUUUCAUUUCUCUUUUGUUCUCUCUUGUUUCCUUGAAUAAAUUGUUUUUCCAGCGCAUUGAAUGCGAGGAAGUGAAGUUUUGUUUGUUUGUUUGUUUUUCUAUCAAAAGACGAACAACGAUAUACAAAAAGCGAGAAAAAUACGAAGGAACGAGGGUUAUUCGUAAAUCGCGUGUUUUUUCUUCGUCAAGAUUCGUGGAAGAAGGUUCUAUAAAUGAGAACGGAUUACAUAGAAAAAUCGACUAAUGGCACUCGCUUGACUUAUUUUCUCGAGGAUCGAUUAUCAAAAGAUUAUUUAUUACUUCUGGAUCUCUGUCGAUUGUUUGCAGUCAGAAAAUAAAAAUUGGAAAAAAAAAUAGAAAAUUUAUACUGAGAAUACCAAUGACUCGAUGAAGCGGUGAUCCGUCAGCCGCGUGAGUGCGAGGUCGACAUAUCCGAAGCGUAGAACACACCUUUUCUCGGAAUAUCGAGUGCGUCCGUACAGGCUUUGUGUCCACUCUUCGAGCGACCGCCCCAGACUGACUGAGAAAUCACCUUGGGACAUGAACGCGCGACGAAACGAGAAUAAGUUUGGGGAAGAGUUUUUCGAGCGGUUUUUUUUAAUACACAUAAUUAAUCGUACGUAAUAAUAAUAAUAAUAAUAAUAAUAA